AUCGAAUACCUAACACUAAAAUGAGUUGAUAUUGAGCGGCCAGGUGUCCUUUCGAGUUGAUCGACGAAUACACCUAACGAUAAAAAGAUAGCCUUUGUCAAGGAUCAAUAAUCAGCCACUUUGAGAUUUUUCUAGUUUCACGGUGAAACAUACAGCUUCUAUUACCUGAUCGAAAUACCCAUGGUCUGAGUUCAAACGGGUAAUUCCACCCCAUGCAACCUCGUCAUCGAAUCGGUAUCUCCAGCUAGCUGCUUCGGUCAUAAUUCAAUAUUAAAUAUAUGAAUUAAAUCGUCAUAUUCAUACACACACACGCAUACAUAUCGACCAGCCAGCUAGCCAGCUAGCCAGCCACAAUGCAUCUCACCCCUUCCCUCCCCCCAUCCCUCCUCCUCCUCCUCUGGACCUCUCUAUCCCUCCACCCCCCCGCCGCCGCCGCAGCCAAGCCCCAAAACGCCAUCCUCCUCUCAGACGUGCAAUCCCUCACGCUCCGCGGCGCCGGCGCCCAGACCAAACACAGGCGCGUGUCCGCCAUCCCGCAGCUACGCUGCGUCUCGUCCCCGCCCAUAUGCCGUCUACACGAGAUCGACGUGAUGCGCUGCGCGAACCAGGGCUCCGGCUACGACGCCCAAGACAUCCAAUGGUCGUGCACGGCCUCGCUGCCGCCCGAGCUCAAGCUCGGCAGCACCGACGUCGUCUGCGAGGGGUACUCGUCUCCCGACGACCCGUAUGUGUUAAAGGGAAGCUGCGGCGUCGAAUACCGGUUGCUUCUGACCGAGACCGGCGAGGCCAAGUUUCCGGAUAUCGCCAAGACGGGAGCAGCGGAGAAGAAGACGACGUCGGAGAAGGUCGCUGCUGCCCUGUUUGGCGUCGUGUUUGCCCUUGUCUGUAUGGUUAUAAUUUAUUCCGCUUGCGUGAACGCUAGGAAUGCUCCCAAUGCGCCGCGGAGACCGAGGGAUAACCGUUGGGGAGGCGGAUUUGAUCCUGGCUUCGGACCCGGCGGGGGUGGUGACGACUGGAAUGACCCGCCGCCGCCUUAUCCGGGGCCUAAGUAUUCUUCUACGACAGGGAACCAAGGAUGGCGGCCUGGGUUCUGGACCGGUGCUGCAACUGGGGCUGCAGCAGGAUAUGCGGCUGGCAGUCGACGGCCUGGACAGGAUAGACACAGUUCUAGUUACGAGUCAAGGGCAGGUCCAUCUAGCUCGUCGUCACAGUCGACAUCCUCGGCUAGAUAUGAAGGUACAGGAUUUGGUUCAACAAGCCGAAGGUAGUAGACGAAGGACGCGACCAGUCACAAGAUCAUAUAUCAGAUAGGGGCUUUACUCAUUAUCAAGUAACUUAUUAAGUCUUCUAUUUGCUUGCACUCGCUAUCCUGUGCUGUAGCUCGUCACGAAACGUGAGAGGUGAAGCUAUUCACUCGAUGAGCCACCAACCCCUUGUGCAGACGCAAACUAAAGCCUCAUCUUUCAUUGGCAAAACAGGUUGGGUUCGAAUCCUCGAAACACCUAAUAAACCUCUGCGGAACUGAAACCGAGACUGCUCUCUUCAGCUCUCUCAAGGCAGAACUCACGUCUGCAAAUA